CGCGCAUUAUCUUUUUUAGAGUUGGGAUUAUACUAUAGACCAAUCGUUUAAUUGAGCGCAACUCAGCCCCCUCUGUUCUCCGUUUGCCGCUGUAUCCUCAAUCCAAAAUCUCCGAUACCCCGCGGUCAACUGAAUCACGAAACAGGAUGGAUCUUGUUAACAGCCUGGAAGGAAGACUCCUCUUCGCAGUCCCUAAGAAAGGACGUCUUCAACAAUCGACCCUCGACCUCCUUUCCGGCUGCGACAUCCAAUUCCGCCGUGAAAACCGCCUCGACAUCGCCUUGGUCAAGAACCUGCCUAUCGCCCUCAUCUUCCUCCCCGCCGCUGACAUCCCGACGUUUGUUGGAGAGGGCCGCGUCGAUCUCGGUAUCACCGGCCGCGAUCAGGUCGCCGAGCACGAUGCCCAGCUCGGCCUCCCAGAGGGCGAAGUUUCUGGUGUGCAAGAAAUCCUUGAUCUAGGGUUUGGCGGGUGCAAACUGCAGGUCCAGGUUCCGGAGAAGGGAGACGUCCAGAAAGUCGAGCAGCUGAUUGGGAAAAACGUUGUGACAAGCUUCACUGCGCUGAGCGAGCAAUUCUUUUCCCGCUUGGAGAAGGAGCAUGGCCCUGCGGAGAAGAAGACGAACAUCAAGUAUGUGGGGGGCAGUGUGGAAGCUGCUUGUGCGCUCGGCGUUGCCGAUGGGAUUGUCGACCUUGUUGAAUCCGGCGAGACAAUGCGCGCCGCUGGGCUAAAGGCUAUCGACACCGUCGUCGAGAGCACCGCUGUGCUCGUCAAGAACCGUAACACCCAGAACCCGCUUGUUGACUUGAUCACUUCUCGUAUCCGCGGUGUCAUUACCGCCAAGAAAUUCGUCCUCUGCCAGUACAAUAUCCCCCGCGACAGCCUCUCGACCGCCAGCAGUAUCACACCGGGCAAGCGCGCACCAACUGUAACGGCGCUGGAGGAGGACGGCUGGGUGGCCGUUAGCUCUAUGGUCGAGAAAAAGCAGAUUGCGACAGUGAUGGAUGAGUUGACCAAGGUUGGCGCGACGGAUAUCUUGGUUUUGAGCAUCGCCAACUCGCGGACGGAUUAG